GCAGCAGUAUCUGUGCACACACCGCAGACCGAGCAAUCGGCUUAGGCUUAUAGAGAAAAGAGCUGCGCUACGAGCGGAAAACCAGGCACUUUUCCCCAUAUAAAUAUUUGGAUCCUAAUGGCCUGUUGAUAUUGACUUUUUUCGCGUCUUUUUCGCGUGUUACUGUUGCAGCGCGAGACUUUGGACACGGAGACAUCCCGAAAACACAGAAGCACCGACGUGGAAGGAAUUUUACGCUUUUUACGGGAUUAUCGGAUGGAGCGGAACACCGAGGCGCGGAGCUGCAGCAGGUCCCGGUGUCCGGAACUCCUCCACAGCGACACAUCCAUGAAGGUAUCGAUCAACUCCACGACAGGAACCCGCUUUGAGCUGUCCGUUCCCCUGGAGGAGACCGUGGACGGGCUGAAGAGGAGACUGGCGGAGAGACUCCGGGUUCCCAAAGACAGACUGCUGCUGCUGCACCGAGACGCGAGGUUAAGCUCAGGAAAACUGCUGGAUUUCGGUGUGGUUGACGGAAGCAGACUGACGCUGAUGCCCACCGUUGAAGCCGGACUGAUGUCGCAGUCGUGGCGGCCGGAGCAGUCGGUCCUGCAGGCGCUGGAGAGUCUCACAGAUGCGCAGGUCAGUGACUUCCUGUCAGGACGGUCCCCACUGACCCUUGCCCUGCGUGUGGGUGAUCACAUGAUGUUUGUGCAGCUCCAGCUGGCGGCUCAGCAGUCUGUAGGGCAGCCGUCCGUCUCCAGGGGUCCUGCUGGCACCAACCACAUCCACCAACCAGACACACAACACUCCACAGGCCCCGCCCCUCCCUCACCACCUGUUAGUCAUGCCCACUGUGGUCAAAUUCCCGGCCCGGCCCCGCCCCGAUUUCAGGCUGAAGGCAGCAGUCAGAGCCCCAGACAGCGAUGCAAACCGGGCGCUGUCAUCGAGAGCCUCGUCAACCACGCGCCUGGAGUUUUCUCAGGGACCUUCUCAGGUACUUUACACCCAAACUGUCAGGACGGCAGCGGGCGUCCUCGCCGUGACAUCACCACCAUCCUCCAGAUCCUCAACGACCUCUUGAGCGCCACGCGACAUUACCAGGGAUCCCCUCCGACCCUGGCGCACCUGCGCUGCCAGACGCCCUGCCCUCCGGCCGCGCCCUGUUCACCUCCACCCUCACCUACCUCAGACGGGCAGCAGCACAGACACCUGCGCAGGCCCUCCGGCGAGCGUCUGCGGCAGACGGAGAACAAGGCCACGCGCUGUAAAGUGGAGCAGCUGCGGCUCUUACUGCGGCAGCGGCGGCUCCGACGGAAGGCCAGGAGGGACACACGCGGCCCGUACCACUGGCUGACCGAACGCAAGGCCGCGCGCAGCCACAGCAACAGCAGCCUGUCCAGCGACGGAUCCCUGGACCUGGACUUUGAGGAGCCGGUCUGGAAACCCGACGUGCCGUCGGACAUGAACACAGAGUUUGUUGUGGCUUGAGCCGAACGAAAGGAUGAAAAUGCGCUGCUUGAACGGCCUCAGGACAACACAUGGGCAUUAAUGUCCGACUGUGAAGCAGAAGCUGUGAAACACUUCAGGAGCCGCUUUAUGGGCAUUCAUGGUCUCGUCGUCACAGGACGUGAUGUUCCUCCUGUGUUUCUGUCUGUUUUCAAGCACAAAUAAGAUAUUGGAGAAGCAAAAUGAUGUGUGUCUUCAUAUCUUCAAUAUCCAAUAUCUUGAUUUAAGGAUGUUUAGAUAUUUGUGCUGAAAGAUGACACAGAAACACUGAGGAAGAACAUCAUAUUUGCAGCAUUUGAAAUGAUUCUCAGUACGCUUUAUGGAUGUUAUGAAACGCAGUAUGUAGCAUUAUCACGUCAGGUGUUCAACUCUGCUUAGAUGAUGUUUUUGCACAGUUCAUUUCUCUUGUGAGCAUUAAAAUAUUUUUGAUACGUGUUUUAGAGGACAGUCUGACAUUCGGUCGAAUGUUAGCUUCAGCCUUGAGAGCUGAGAUUCGGCUUGAGAUUUGGGCAAAUCUCAUGAAAACAAGUACAGCUCAUAUUUCACCCCAAAAUCAAAAGAAAAUGGAUAUUAUUUUUUUGCAUAAAAGAGAAUAAAUUAAACCUGUUUUAGGACCAU